ACUAAUCAGUGGGUUUUUUCUUCAACGUCCACGGAAGUUGGUUGCUGAGUUAUUAAAAGUAAUUUCAUUGUUUUAAAAAUUGCAAAAUUAAGCACAAAUCAAAAAUAAAUCGCGCACAAUUUACGUGUAAACUGUGUUUGAAGUUGGAAAAACGUAUUUUCACAACAAAAGUGAAGUGAGUGCAUAUUCACCAAUAACUCAAAAAGAUAAAGCAAAAAGAAAAAACGUCAUCUUUUGCAAAUUGAAUCGUUGGUGACUACGACGACAACCAGCAGGAAAACUGUAUUGGGGAAAACUUACAAAUUACAAAAAUCUGUCAAAUGCGAAUUGGUUAACUAUUCUGCUGCAACAGAAUAAUACGCAAUCAGAAUUAGAAAAAUAAUAUAGUAAAAAGUGACGGUAACAAAAAACAAACGCAGCACAUAUCUACAAAACGCAGUCGAACAAGUAUGAACAGCGUUGUGAGUAGCACAGCGCCCAGUACAGCAAGCUUCAUUGAACCGAAUGGCACAGCAGCAGCCGCAGUCGCAGCCGCCGUAUCGACGAUGACCGAAUCGACUACCAUAAAACCGAAUUUCAUUGUACAAGCCAAACCAAUGUCGUCGCCCAUUGAUCCUCUUAGCCACGUCGGUGAUGGUAUCUUCCUGCAGACAAAGACCGCCCAAGGACUUGCGACUGUAUUCGUGUGGGCGGCCCUUUUCAUCACAUGCCAACAGAUUUAUCAGCACUUGCGUUGGUACACUAAUCCACAGGAACAACGUUGGAUAGUGCGCAUCCUAUUUAUUGUGCCCAUGUAUGCGACAUACUCGUGGAUCAGUUUAUUUUUCUUCAAUUCAGAUAACGUAUACGUGUAUUUCUUUACCGUGCGCGAUUGUUAUGAAGCUUUCGUCAUCUACAGUUUCCUGUCGCUCUGCUACGAGUACCUGGGUGGCGAGGGCAACAUAAUGUCCGAGAUACGUGGCAAACCCAUUAAGAGCUCGUGUCUGUAUGGCACCUGCUGCCUGAAAGGCAAAACAUAUACCAUCGGUUUCCUGCGCUUCUGCAAGCAGGCCACCUUGCAAUUCUGCUUGGUGAAACCGCUUGUGGCUUUUAUUAUUAUAUUCCUGCAAGCCUUUGGUCAUUACCACGACGGCGAUUGGAGCGCCAACGGCGGUUACAUUUAUAUCACAGUUAUCUACAAUAUAUCCGUCACACUUGCCCUCUACGGUCUAUAUUUAUUCUAUUUUGCUACGCGUGAUUUGCUAACACCAUUUGAACCUGUUCUGAAAUUUUGUACAAUCAAAUCGGUCAUUUUCUUAUCAUUUUGGCAAGGUGUGAUGUUGGCCAUUUUGGAAAAGGCCAAGGUCAUCUCGCCGAUUGUGGACAGUGCUGGCACUGUCACCUCAGCUGGUACGGUUUCGGCGGGCUAUCAGAAUUUUUUCAUUUGCAUUGAAAUGCUAUUCGCUGCUAUUGCGUUGCGUUAUGCAUUCCCAUAUCAGGUUUACGCGCGUAGCUGUAUUGCUGAUGGCCAAGGCCGCUCUGUAACCAUGCAGUCGAUUUCAAGCAGUCUUAAAGAAACUAUGAAUCCCAAGGAUAUUAUGACAGAUGCUAUACACAAUUUCCAUCCACAAUACCAACAGUAUACGCAGUACAGUUCCGGUGGGAAAAAUUCACGUGGCAUACGAGUCUCUUCCUACGACCCAGACGAGCCAAGUGCCACACAUCACGACGGCAAUGCAGGUAAUACCGGCACAAUGGGCAGCUUGGGCAACGCUAGCACAGGCACACCCGGCGGCAGUGUUGGCAGCUGUAUUGCAUCGAAAACUUUGGGCAAUCAACGGAAAUUCAUGCCAGGCGGUCAACGGGUCGCCACCAUCAGCCAGAACUACAAUGAGAAAACUAUGCUGCUGAGCAGCGAUGAUGAGUACCAAUAAAGGCCGAAGGUGAGGAAGAGUGAGUAAUGGAAGCGAGCCGCCCUAACAGCACUUUUUAAAUACAACAAAAACUCACAGAUUAAACUGAAGAAAAACAAAUUUUGGUUUUUGGACUUGUGUUGGCGACAUAAUUUGCUGUGUUGUGUCUUUGUUUAAUAUGUAUGUAUAUUCCGUUAUUAUUGAAGCUUCAUUCUGAAGUCAGAAACUUAGUUUACAAUAAUUGGCAUCAGAAGCCAGAGGCGAAUUUUGUAUUAUUUUUAAUUAUGCUACUGUGGUGCUUUAUGGUAAUUAUUUUUAUUUAAAAUUUAUUUCAAAAGUAUUAGCAGUACAAAUCAAUUACUAGCAUAAAAUAAGAAAACUUUAAAAGCCAGUAAAAUCCGCUAGGUGUUAAUUAGAAGAUUUCAUACAUUUUUUUUACUUCCACAAAAACUCGCUAUAUUCAUUCAAUGAGGCUAUAUUAUUAUUUUCGUUUUUGUAUUUACUUUUUGCUAAAUGCAGUAUUUAUUUAUUGCUAAAUGCAGAACUGAACUGCCUUCGAUUGAUUUUAAGUAAAAAAAAAUUUAGUAACAUAAUUAUGCUAGCAAAAAUAUGAAAUCCUUUAAAGUAAACAUAGAACGCUUCUCUGAAGCAAAACCAACAAAUUCCCAAAAUUGUUUUUAUUAACAUUAUUAUCAUAGCCGCGCGCACUUGUGUACUUAUACAAUGGGUACUAUAAUUUUGUUCACAUAACGAUUGUAUGUAACAGCAUAAAAUAAUCGAGAUAGAUAUAGAUAUAUGAAUACAUAUAUACCAAUAUGCUCAGCAUGAUGAGAGGAGUCUGUUUAAUUAUGUCCGUCCGUCUGUGCGUAGGGCAACUUCAGCAAAAAUUAAUAAAUUUCAAUGAAACCUGGCUUUGCCUUUGUCCCUUUAUCCCUUUGUCCAAAGUAGUUCGUUAUUGAAAAUGGACGAAAUCGGUAAAUAACCACGGCUACCUCUCAUAUAACUAUAAUUUUCAAAAUAGAAAAAGCUGUUAGUUAUGUUACGAGUACAAAUAAGGCAAAACUAUUCAGAUAUGGUACAAAUAAUGAACCCAAGAAAAGAAAUAGGAUUACAGAAAAAGAUUGGAAAAUAAAUCGGUAAAUACGUGCACCACCUUCGUCAAAGAGUUCGCGGAAUAUAUUCAGAAAAUUUAAAAUACAAGUUUAUUCCUCAAAAGUGAUAUUAUCGCCUCAAAGUACACUCCAUUAACUGCAACGCACUUAAGCCAGUGUUUGAUCCAGCUCUCGAAACAUUUCUGGCACUCUAUUUUCGGUAUAGCCAUCAGAUCUGUCUUCGAGUUUUCCAUUACUAUCUUUCGGCUGUUAAAAUGAGUUGUUCGUAGCGGCCUUUUGACUCGAUCAAACAGAAAAAAAUUGGAGGGAGCCAUAUAAGGUGAACUCGAUGGCGGUUGGUAUUCGUUUCGUGCUUGAUCAAAAAUUCGCGGAUAAUGAUGGCACUGUGUACUCGGUGCGACGAUCCGUUAUCAUGGUGCAAAAACCACCAGUUAUUUUCGCACAAAUAAUCCUUUAUUUUUUGGCGAAUUGCUUCACGUAAACGUCUCAUAACGCGAUUAAGUAUAGUAAUAGUCCUUAUUAAUUGCUUAACCUUCUGGCAAAAAAUCGUGGUAUACAAUACCAUUGCAAUCCACAAAAACUGAGCACUCCUCUUUUUGACUAAAAACGACGUGGUUUUUUUGGUCUUAGUUCAUUCGGAACUCGCCAUUCGCCUGAUGUCCACAUUGCGUUUUUGAUGAAUGUUAGGUCGCCUGAUGAAUGCUCACCCUUGAAAAUCAUGUCUUUGGUGAUAUCAACGCGGUCUCUUUCUUACAUGAAAUUUAAAUCCCUUGGGAUCAACUUUGCAGCAACACAGCUCAAACCCGGAUCUAGAAGCAAUGUUCAAGUCCUCUGUCAAUUCUCUGAUGGUUAAUUUGCGGUUCCUCAUUAACUUUUCUUUAACUUUAUUGAUGCUUUCAUCAGUUUUCGAUCGAUCGAUCAAUGGACUCACGAUCUCUUCUGAAGUGUUCAUGCGUAAAUGACUGUUUUCUUUAGAGGAUCAUUACCGAAACAGUUUUCCAACAUUUUUAAAGUUUUCGAACCAUGGAAUCCAAUUUUAACGCAGUAUUUAAUAAUUUGUUGCAAAUUCAAAUCCAUUUUCAAAACUAUAAAAAAUCGAAAACACAGAGGUAGAUUUACUCAAGGCGGCAUAACGUUUACAAAUGUCAAGCAAUGUCGAUAAAAUUUUUAUAGGAAUGUCAAUCGAAGAUUUGGCAAUAAGGUAGGUAGACAGGUGAAAUUGUUGAAGUACCAAUCUGGCACUCCUCAAGUAGCACUGAAGCGCCGUUUUGAUACCACUAUGAGACCUCCAACAGGAAAAUAUCUACAGCCAGCCAAAGCUGUUGAUAUGUAUAAUGGAGAAGAUUGAUGAGUUUUAGGUUGGCUCACUGGCCCAGGCUGUCGAAGAAAGGAUCACCCAGUGACCUUAGUCGUCUAGCUCCCAAACCCUGGUAUUUACAGGGAAAGUGCUCAACAUACUCGUAUAUCGUAUUGGGACCAAAGAACUUUCGAAAUAGCACAUGAAGCAAUGGAGCUCCAUCUUUUCUGCGCUUUCCUGAGAAAUAAUUUGUGCAGUUCCCCUUUAGCAAUUGUCAGGGGGAUGCUGCUGACCAGGUAGGGGGUCUCUGAGGUCAGUUCAGUCCCCUUCCUGGCAAGCUCAUCAGUAAUUUCAUUUCCCUCUAUGUUUUUAUGUCCUGGAACCCAGAUUUGGUAACCUAACAAAAAAAAAAACAACUUAAAUCAGUUGAUUUAAAGUGUCAAGUGGUGGUUGUUCCAGAAACUUUUUUUAUUAAGAUGAUAUCUCGAUAACAGCUUAAUAAAUCUCGCUCAAAUUUAGUACGCAUAUUGCUUACACACCUGAUUUAGAUUUGACAUCAAUAUUGCGAUCGGCUGAAAAACCACCCGCCCUAAAUUUUCGCCCGUUCGUCUGAUGUUAUAGCUCUGAUGUUAUAAUUCUAUUUGUCUAUGCGUUUUUUUGAUCCCAAAUAGAAACAGCCAGCCCAAAUAAAAUUUUACUAAAGUGUGCGCGGGUAUAUAAAGUUCGGCUUCGACCGAGUUUAACCUUCCUUACUUGUUAUUGAUAUUAUUAUUAAAUUGUAUGUAGAUACCUUAUUGCUCACUUAUUGCAGGUGUGACAUAAUCCUAAAAAUUAAAAUGUUCAGAAACGCGGCUUCAAAGUUAUGUAUUGUCGGCCUCAGUAAAAGUAAAUGCAUACAUAUUUUCAUAAUGAUGUACUGAUCAUUGAUAUCUAAAUUUUAUAUUUAUGUCACCCUUGCAGUAAAUGAGCGAUAUGUUCAAUUGUAUUACAUGUAUCUGUCGUUCGGUGGUCGUGCGUGAGUGUAUAUUUUAAAAUAAAUAUAUUGCAAGAAAAAAAAUAAAUAAAAUAUAUAUGCUUUGCAUUAGAAUUUUAAGCGAAAUACUCGAAUGUAGAAUGUUUUAAAAAUAGCAGGUGAAAUAAAAGUGGUGCGGGAAGAGUUGACUUGCAAGCUUAAAAGGGGUAUUGCAAAGGUAGUUAGAUAUAAGUUCUUCGGAAAACUUAAAUAAAGCACUGAAAUGAAACAAAAACGUAUGUAUACUAACUGAACAGAGACUGGAGAGAAAUCCAAAAAUACAAAUCGCAAAACUAUUUUUUGUAUGCAUUAGUAAAAUUUUACAACAAAUACAUUAUAAUAUUGCACAUUACUCAAGAAAUUUUGUAUCUGUCCUAAAGUGUUUUUUCUGUCAUUGUUUUAAUGCGUGUAACGGAAUUUUCCUUUCAUUAACAUUUUUGCACUUAAAUGUAAAGCCGCAAUUAAAUCUUGAAUGUGACAAUGCAAGUUUUAAAUUGUGAUCACAAAGAAGUUCAAACAGCAACACAUGUGUUUUGGUUUCGCUUAUAUGAAUUCAAUUCAUUGAAAGCGCCGAAACACUUCCAAUUGGGUUUAGCCAAACUUAUGUUAUAUCCCUAAUAGAAAAGGUAUUAUAUUUAAAGCCUUCCGCCGAAAUAAUUCGGAAAAAUAUUAAGAUUUACGUCAGAUGGCCCGAUUUGAAAGUAUCUCCAAAAAUAGUGUUUUUUUAUAAAUAAAAUUUGUUCUUACAAGUAUCACUAUUUCGAAACCCUCUAUAAAAUUAAAAAAAAUUGUAUGCAGACUUUUUAAGCUUAAACUAUUGUCAGAGUCUAUGAUUUUUGGAAACAUAUUUUUAAAAUCUAAUUUUAUUUAUAAAAAUUUGCUGUUUUGAGGUAUUUUCAAAUAUCGAUCGGGUUCGUGAACCCAUGACUUGCACCUCCGCAAACUGGGUAGUUUGUGCUUUGUUGCUUCAUAAAAUGUCAAUAUUCGUUGCUUCAUAGAUGAACUUAAUUUUUUUCUGGAGAAAAAAAAAAACAACUCCAAUGUGAACGGAUGUUGCGGAGCUACAGAAGCGAGGGCUACUGCAUGCGAAAGAGAAGGCUGCAUAUUCUUUUACAACAGCGUAAGAUUUGUUUAAUAAUUUUUACCUUUGGGCUUUGAGACAGCUUACAUGUUUAAUGAUUUAUAGUCGAAUUCGGUGCCGAAUGUUUCUGUAGGACACACCAAUGCUGCACCAUAUACAUAAUUUUUAUUCUCCUUGUAAAAACAAUAAUUUUCUAAUACAGAGACAAAAUUAAUAUAAUAUGAAUAAAUUCUAGAAAGCAUCCCGCAAAAUUUUAUUAUCGGUUAUCGAACAUGAAAAAUAUGUACGUCACUGAAGGCAUAAUGGCAAAGUAAAGUCACCAGCGAAGCUUAUUGUUCUACCCAAUUCACAGACUUUCAAGGAUUCGAUUACAUGUCUUUAUUUAUUAAUUUCUAUUGUUCUACUGAGUAAGCUCUCGUUCUGAUUUUGUUUAGGUGCCGCAUUUUUAUUUUUUUUAUACAAGUUACGAGUAUAUUUCUUUUGAUGUUUUUUUAACACUGUUAAAUGAAUAGCACAACAUCAUUUAAAAAUUUAUUACUUUUACAAUCUUGACCAAAAUAAAUAAUACAACAAAUUCAUAAAAGCAAUGUACAGUUCAAAAAAAGUUGCGCCCAAUUUUUACUCUCCUGGUGGUUCAGUUAGAUGCAGAUACAUGAAUUUAAUUAUGUUAAAAUUUAAAAUAAAUCAAUAACUUUUUUUCUUAUAAACAAAUUUGUAUAAAAAUGUAUGAAUAAAGAAUAAUAAAACAACUGAAUAAAAAUACUAACAAUGUAUGGUAUGUAUGCACAUAUGGACGUUUACAUAAGGAAUACAUAUGAGCAUUGUG